AUGUCCGACGCCAUGCCAUCGGCAAACUCACUAGAGGCCAGCACCUCGGGCCAGCAACCAGCCAGUGCAGAUGCAUCCCACAGUGACCUGUUCGAACUCUCUGGGCGGCGAGGUGCCAGACUCAUGGCCGCCAUGGAGGCCCCCCGAGACGAGAACCAACACGACGUCGACAUUCUCUCCGACAAGGACCUCGAGCGCCUCACCAUCCGCCUCAAGAGCGACAGCGAGGACAGCCAAAACAUCGUUGCAAAGGCCACCGAGGAGCAACGCAACAGGUUCGACCAAUACAAGCAUCAUUCAUUCGUGAAGCGCUGGGAGCCGCUCAGUCCCGAAGCGCCCGUGGACGAGGAGUGGUUCAUCGCCGACCCAGAAGUCCUUCCCGAGGACGACCCUGGGUAUCUCUGCGAGAUGUGUCGACACCUCGACUUCGCGGCUUUAUUUAGCCAGCGUGGGUUACCGGGUAACAACGUGCCUUCCAUGCCCACCCAGAUCAACAUCCACGGCAUGUGGAAAGUCAUGCAGGAGACUGGGAACAAUUGCGCCUUCUGCCGAAUAUUGCGGCGGAGAAUCGUCGAGGGCGGAAGCAUUUCCCGAAUGGCGGACGAUGAGAUCAGAGACGGGCAGUUCUACAUCAACGUCAUCGACGAGGGCCCCGAAUACGCUCUCAGACUGGAGAUUGAGCUGGAAGGGGACGGAAGGACGGUUGACAGAUUUGUCGUGCAGAGAGUCGAGGACAACCCGCAGCAGCCUCUGGCGGGACGAUUUGUGCGACAGGAUCGAGCCGACAUGGACCGACUGAGGCAAUGGCUCAUGAUCUGCGAGGGAACCCAUCAGGUCUCUGACAGGAGUCUCCAACCUGUCGACUUGCCCUCGUUACGAGUCAUCGAUACAGAGGAGCUUCGCGUCUGUGAGGUGAAAACACCGUGUCGAUAUGCCUGCUUGUCUUAUGUCUGGGGAAAGGGCAGUCAGACGCAGUACACCACCGCCACGAGAGACAGCUUGGAGGCCCCGAACGGUCUGCAAUCUGUUGCUUUGCCUCAGACGAUCAAGGAUGCGAUCGCGGUCACCAAAGAAGCAAGACUACGGUAUCUAUGGGUCGACGCUUUAUGCAUUCUCCAAGAUGACCCUGCGGACAAGGCCAACAUUAUCUCCAAGAUGGGUCCCAUUUACGGCGGCGCUACGUUGACCAUCGUCGCCUCCGCCAACGAUAAUCCCCACGACGGUCUACCUGGCAUGGGCACCGCAAAUCGCUCCAUCGCACAGGAUGUGGCAAGAGUCCAAGGCAUAACACUGGCCGUGGGCCUUAGCGAUCCGCGUCAACCGAUCCCUGAUAUUGAGAGCUCAGUAUGGAGCUCACGGGCGUGGACGUUCCAGGAGCGAGCACUCUCGGCGCGGGCUAUCCACUUCACCCGCUCCCAAAUGGUCUUCAAGUGCCUCCACGGCGCCGUCAUGCUCGAAGAGACCGUCCCGACCCUCGACCCGGCAUUCCAGCAUUCGAGGAUCGAAGACCAGGCGCAGUCAGAUCUCAUGUACCUGGCGUGGGCCCAUCCGUCACUGAGUCGAUUCGAAAACGUGGGGUUGUCGUCACGGGACGCGGGCGCGACGAUAAUGAUAUCCGGCGACGUCGACAUCGAGGAGUUUCUGAAGAUGAGUUUGGAGGAGAAAGGGAAGAUAGCACCCGUGUUUGACAUUGCGGUGGACGCGCCGCGCGACUUCAUGGGGUCGCUUAGCGGUACGGACGGCGGUUCGACGCCCUGGGAUCUGUACCGCCGCGCAGUGGACGAUUACACGAAGCGCAAGCUGACGUGGGAGUCUGACGCCGUAAACGCCUUCUCCGGCGUGGAGCACAUCGUCCGACAGGGCAUAAACACCAAGUUUUGGUUCGGGCUGCCCUCGUUUGCGUUCGAGAAGGCGUUGCUCUGGCAGGCUAGGGAGCCUCUCACGCUGCGGGCUCGGAACGACGAGGCUCUUUUUCCGAGCUGGUCGUGGGCCGCCUGGCGAGGCCAGGUAUCCUACCGCGGGAGGGGGUGGAAGAACUCUGUACUCUGGGAUUCCGUCUCCGUGAUACGGUGGUUCGUCAGAGAAAGUCCGCAGUGGUUCAUCGACAGGUUCAACGGCGGAGGGGAUAAGACGGACGAGGAGGUGCAAGCUUUCACGCAGCAGGUAUCGAAAGCCAAGCUGCUCUUGAGGGAGCUCGAUGCCGAUUCACUACGCCACCUGGAUGCCGUGGGAGAGGACGGCUGGGUUGUGAAGCACGACGAGGAGUAUAACCGCCACAUCUACUCUCACGAUGCUUAUCCAGGGGUCAGGUUCACCUACCCCGUCAAUCUCCCCGGCCAGGACAUCAACGACCUCCCCGACACAAACGGCGUCCUUAUCUUUUCCGCUCACGUGGUGCCAAUCGUUCCCUGCGACAUGACAAACACCACCUUCAAGAUGGCCCUCGAAGAUCGAUUCCUGCAACUCGGCCUCAACGACGAGUCCCGCUCCGCCAACUACCGGCCCCCCUGGCAGCGCAUCGUCUACCACCAAGGCUACCGCGCCGGCUUCCUCACCCUCAACAACGAGACCCUCCUCCCGACCGAGGACGACGGCUGCGAGUACCACCUCGCGGCCAUCUCGCGCGGGAGCCUGCCGCACGUCCCGCCCCCGCCGCCAGGCUGGGACGCCUACUGGGGGUACGAGCCGCGCAAGAUCCAGGAGUCGCUCUUCGACGAGGAGUGGCGCCUCGGCCCCAGCAAGCUCAUCGUGCCCGACGAGACGGCGGAGCCGUCGACGCGGAAUCCCCAGAACGAGGACGGCGAUCCGCACUGGGACGCGGGGCGGUUUCACGGCAUCAGCGUGUUUGACGUCUACGAGGUGUUGCUCCUGAAGACGGUGGAUGGGCUGUCGCGGAGGAUGGGGGCGGCCAAGAUGAGUUACUGCGCCUUCUCGGCGGCGCGUCCCGAGGAGAUGCUUGUUAAGCUUGCGUAG